CGGAAGCUCAGAUUAGGCUUUGGUAGCGGCGCCUGCAAGUCAAAGAUGAGAGCCCGACCCCCCGUGGAGCGCGCACCGUCCCAGAAAUCCUGGAUUGAAGGAGUGUUCGACAAGAGAGAAUGUAACAAAAUCAUACCCAGCUCUAAAGACCCUCACAGAUGUACUGCAGGAUGCCAGGUUUGCCAUAAUUUAAUCAGGUGUUACUGUGGGCGGUUGAUUGGUGACCAUCAUGGGACAGAUUAUACCCGGACCAUCUCAGCUGCCAGCGGUGAUGAAGAUGAACAGUGGUCUGUUGAAAAGCACACAAUGCGAAGCCCUACGGAUGCCUUUGGCACUAUUAAUUUCCAAGAUGGAGAGCAUAUUCACCAUGCCAAGUAUAUUAGAACUUCUUAUGAUACAAAGUUGGAUCAUCUGUUACAUUUGAUGCUGAAAGAGUGGAAGAUGGAAUUGCCAAAGCUGGUGAUUUCUGUCCAUGGGGGCAUCCAGAACUUCAAGAUGCCCUCCAAACUUAAAGAGGUCUUCAGCCAGGGUUUGGUCAAAGCUGCGGAGACAACGGGAGCAUGGAUAAUAACGGAAGGCAUUAAUACCGGAGUGUCCAAACAUGUUGGGGAUGCCCUGAAAGCGCAUUUCUCCCAGUGCUUGAGGAAAAUCUGGACGGUUGGAAUCCCUCCUUGGGGUGUCAUUGAGAACCAGAGAGAUCUAAUUGGAAAAGAUGUGGUGUGCCUGUACCAGACUCUAGGAAACCCGCUCAGCAAGCUCACUACACUCAACAGCAUGCAUUCCCACUUCAUCCUGUCUGAUGACGGGACUGUGGGCAAGUAUGGAAAUGAGAUGAUGCUCAGGAGGAACCUGGAAAAGUACCUCUCUCUGCAGAAAAUACACAGCCGCUCAAGACAAGGUGUGCCCAUGGUGGGGCUGGUGGUGGAAGGAGGUCCCAAUGUCGUCCUCUGGGUCUGGGAGACUGUGAAAGACAAACAUCCAGUGGUGGUGUGUGAGGGCGCUGGCAGGGCUGCCGACCUCCUGGCCUUCACCCACAAACACUUGGCAGAUGAAGGGACUCUUCAUCCUCAGGUGAAGGAGAAGAUUAUCUGCAUGAUCCAGAACACUUUCAACUUCAGUAUUAAACAGUCCAAGCACCUUUUUCAAAUUCUAAUGGAGUGCAUGGUACACAGGGAUUCUAUUAUCAUAUUUGAGGCUGAUUCUGAGGAGUUGCAAGACCUUGAUUUAGCAAUCCUAACAGCUCUGCUAAAAGGUACAAAUUUAUCAGCAUCUGAACAAUUAAAUCUGGCAAUGGCCUGGGACAGGUCGGACAUUGCCAAGAAACAUAUCCUAAUACAUGGACAGCAUUGGAAGCCUGGCUCACUGGAACAAGCAAUGUUAGAUGCUUUACUGAUGGAUCGGGUGGAUUUUGUGAAGCUCUUAAUAGAAUAUGGAGUGAACCUCCAUCGCUUUCUUACCAUUCCUCGACUGGAAGAGCUCUAUAACACAAAACAAGGACCUACUAAUAUGCUCUUGCAUCAUCUUGUCCGAGAUGUGAAACAGCAUACUCUUCUUUCAGGCUACAGAAUAACACUAAUUGACAUUGGACUGGUAAUAGAGUACCUCAUUGGUGGAGCGUAUCGAAGCAGCUACACUAGAAAAAAUUUCAGAGCCUUCUACAAUCUCUACAGAAAACAUAAGAGAUGCGGCUCUGGAAAUAGAAAAGAAUCUGCAGAAAGCACGCUGCAUUCCCAGUUCAUCAGAACUGCCCAGCCUUACAAACUCAAGGAAAAGUCUGCAGCCCUUCAUAAAUCCAGGAAGAAGUCAAAAGAACAACAUAUAUCCGAUGAUUCUGGCUUUAUUUACCCUUACAAUGACCUUCUGGUUUGGGCUGUGCUAAUGAAAAGGCAGAAGAUGGCCAUGUUCUUUUGGCAGCAUGGAGAGGAGGCCACAGUUAAGGCGGUGAUUGCUUCUACCCUCUACCGAGCCAUGGCCCGUGAAGCUAAGGAGAGCAACAUGGUGGAUGACGCCUCAGAAGAGAUGAAAAAUUACUCAAAACAGUUUGGCCAGCUUGCCCUGGACGUGCUGGAAAAGGCAUUCAAGCAGAAUGAGAGAAUGGCCAUGAAGCUGCUGACCUAUGAACUCAAGAACUGGAGCAAUUCUACCUGUUUGAAACUGGCCGUGUCUGGAGGGUUGCGGCCUUUUGUGUCACAUACUUGUACCCAAAUGCUGCUGACGGACAUGUGGGUGGGGCGCCUGAAAAUGAGGAAAAACUCUUGGUUAAAGAUCAUCAUAAGUAUUCUUUUACCUCCCACCAUUUUGACAUUGGAAUUUAAAAGCAAAGCGGAGAUGUCGCAUGUUCCCCAAUCCCAGGACUUCCAGUUCACGUGGUAUAAUGAUGACCAAAACCCCGGCAGCACCAAAGAAAACGCUAGUACGAAAGUCUGUGAUACGGAAAGGGGCCCUGAUGAGAAACUAGAUGAAAAUCAGCACUUUGCUUUAAAGAGUGGUCCUCAAAUCCUUCCACUGACCCGGAAAGUCUAUGAAUUCUACAGUGCUCCAAUUGUCAAAUUUUGGUUUUAUACGAUGAUGUAUUUGGCAUUCCUCAUGCUCUUCACUUACACUGUGUUGGUGGAGAUGGAGCCGCAGCCCAGCGUGCAAGAGUGGCUCGUUAUCAUUUACAUCUUCACCAAUGCCAUUGAGAAAGUCAGAGAGGUCUGUAGUUCAGAACCUGAAAAGUUUACUCAGAAAGUAAAGGUAUGGAUUAGUGAAUACUGGAACCUCAUGGAAACGGUGGCUACUGGCCUGUUUUUGGUUGGUUUCAGCCUUCGGUGGGGUGAUGCUCCUCUGCACACAGCAGGGAGACUUAUAUACUGCAUUGACAUCAUAUUCUGGUUCUCACGGCUCCUCGACUUCCUUGCUGUGAAUCAACACGCAGGUCCUUAUGUGACCAUGAUUGCCAAAAUGACAGCAAACAUGUUCUACAUUGUGAUCAUAAUGGCCAUAGUCCUGCUGAGCUUUGGGGUGGCACGCAAGGCCAUCCUUUCGCCAAAGGAGACUGCGUCUUGGGGUCUUGCUCGAGAUAUUGUAUUUGAGCCAUACUGGAUGAUGUAUGGAGAAGUCUACGCAUCAGAAAUAGAUGUUUGUUCAAGCCAGCCAUCCUGCCCUCCUGGUUCUUUUCUUACUCCAUUUCUCCAAGCCGUCUACCUUUUCGUGCAAUAUAUCAUCAUGGUGAACCUGUUAAUCGCUUUCUUCAAUAACGUUUAUGUAGAUAUGAAAUCCAUUUCCAAUAAGCUGUGGAAAUACAAUCGCUAUCGCUACAUCAUGACCUACCACGAGAAACCAUGGCUGCCCCCACCUUUUAUCCUGCUGAGCCACGCUGGCCUCCUCCUUCGCCGUCUCUGCCAUCAUCGAGCUCCAAGUGACCAAGAAGAGGGUGAUGUUGGAUUAAAACUCUACCUGAGUAAGGAGGAUCUGAAAAAGCUUCACGAUUUUGAAGAACAGUGUGUAGAAAAAUACUUUCAUGAAAAGAUGGAAGGUCUGAAUUGUAGUUGGGAGGAACAAAUCCGAGUGACAUCAGAAAGGGUUACGGAGAUGUACUUCCAACUGAAAGAAAUGAAUGAAAAGGUGUCUUUUAUAAAAGACUCCUUACUGUCUUUGGACAGCCAGGUGGGACACCUGCAAGACCUCUCUGCCCUAACAGUGGAUGCCCUAAAUGUCCUUUCUGCUGUUGACACCUUACAAGAGGAUGAGGCUCUCCGGGCCAACAGAAAGCUUUCUACUUGCAGAAAACUUCCCCACACCUGGAGCAAUGUCAUCUGUGCAGAGGUUCUAGGCAGCCUGGAGAUGUCUGGGGAGAAGAAAUUGCAGUAUUAUAGCAUGCCUCCUUCUUUGCUGCGGAGCCUGGCCAGAGGCCGGCAUCCCCCGAGAGUGCAGAGGGGGCCCCUUGUUGAGAUGACAGACAGUCAGAGCGAGACUUCAAAUGUAAGAAAUGACCAGGAAGAGCAAGAAACAGAAAAUAGUAUAGUUGCUUCUUGCCUUGACAGGCAAACGCACCCAAAGUAUGGCCAAUUUCUUCUGGUCCCUUCUUAUCUAAAGCAAGUUCCUUUUUCUGCAGAAACUGACUUGCCUCUGUCCAGGCCAUCUGCGGAUGCAGGUACAGGUGUGCAGGCAACUGAACCGAUCACCCAGAAUGAAGUCCCUGCUCAUCUGACUUGGCAGACCCCAGCUAUCUCAGCCCAGGGUACAGUGGCUGAGCACAAGGAGCAGCAUGAGCCUAUUGUCGAAAUGCCAGACAGACAAGACAGGGGAGAGCAAGUUCUAAACACGUUGAUUUGCACACCUGUACCCAUGAAAGUGUCCUCCCUGCCUUCCCAAGCUGAGAGCAUACAAACUGGAGGUGGAUAUGUGAACUGGGCAUUUUCAGAAGGUGAUGAAACUGGUGUGUUUAGCAUCAAGAAAAAAUGGCAAACCUGCUUGGCCUCCACUUGUAACAGUAACUCCAAUGAGAAUGGACAAUGCUGGAGGCAGUUCUGGGGCAGGUCCCUCUCUGAAAACUCAGCAGCUUUGGCCCAGAGUAGUGAUUGCUCGGAGGUGGGACCAGGGCUCCAGCCAAGCACAUCUUUUGGGAUCAAUUCUCUCCGCAGAGACAGGCCCUUCAUUAGGAGUCAGAGUUUGAGAUUCCACAAGGAGGAGAAAUUGAAGAUCUGUAAGAUUAAAAAUCUUUCGAGAUCUUCAGAGAUAGGGCAGUCAGCAUGGACCAAAGCAAAAAUGCUAACCAAGGACAGGAGAUCGUUGAAGAAAAAGAAGAAAACACAAGGACUACAGGUGCCAGUCAUAACAAUCGAUGCCUGUUUUCAAAGUGACCAGCCGAAUUCAGAGCCAGGAGAAAAUACCAUCUCUGAAGAAGAGAGGUGCAACAAGAACUGGCUGACAGUGUCCAAAUUUAGUCACUCUGGCCUAGAACCUAAUAUAUAUCAGAAAAUGAAAACUAAAGAAAUCCAACGGCAUGCUGUACAAGUCAGUGAUUAUCUAAAGCAGUCUCAUGAGGGUCUGAGGAAAAACUCUUUGUGGAAUUCCUGGAGCACCAACCUUAAUAGGAACUCCCCAUUGAGAAGUUCAAGUGGAGUCAGCAAAAUCUCAGCAUCCUUAAAAAGCCCUCAAGAGCCUCACCAUCAUUAUUCAGCCAUUGAAAGGAACAAUUUAAUGAGGCUUUCUCAGACUAUACCAUUUACACCAAUCCAACUGUUUGCAGGAGAAGAAGUAGCUGUCUACAGGCUGGAGGAGAGUUCCCCUUUGAAUCUUGAUAAAAGCAUGUCUUCUUGGUCCCAGCGCGGGAGAGCCGCGAUAAUCCAGGUGUUGUCCCGAGAAGAGAUGGACGGCGGCCUCCGCAAAGCCAUGAGAGUCAUCAGCACCUGGUCUGAGGAUGACGUCCUCAAGCCGGGGCAGGUUUUCAUUGUGAAGUCCUUUCUUCCUGAGGUUGUUCAGGCAUGGCACAAAAUCUUCCAGGAGAGCACUGUGCUUCAUCUUUGCCUCAGGGAAAUUCAACAACAAAGAGCUGCUCAAAAACUAAUCUAUACCUUCAACCAACUGAAACCACAAACCAUACCCUAUUCACCAAGGUUCCUGGAAGUUUUCUUAAUCUAUUGCCAUUCCGCCAACCAGUGGUUUACCAUUGAGAGGUAUAUGACGGGGGAGUUCCGAAAGUACAACAACAAUAACGGUGAUGAAAUCGCCCCCAGCAACACCUUGGAGGAGCUGAUGUUGGCUUUCUCUCAUUGGACCUAUGAAUAUACUCGGGGAGAGCUGCUGGUUUUGGAUUUGCAAGGUGUUGGAGAAAAUUUGACAGAUCCAUCUGUUAUAAAACCUGAAGACAAACAAUCAAGAGGAAUGGUGUUUGGACCAGCCAAUUUAGGGGAAGAUGCAAUUAGAAACUUCAUUGCAAAACAUCACUGCAACGCCUGCUGCCGGAAGCUCAAACUCCCGGAUUUAAAAAGGAAUGACUAUUCCCCUGGAAGGAUAAAUUCCACCUCUGGACCUGAAAUCAAAGUAGAGCCAGGUGACAAGCCUCCAGCAAAGGAAAGGCGUGGUAAUCCCCCAGAAGACCUCACUCGAUUGUAAAAAGGGGAAAAGUAAGAAGAUGGCAGUCCCUGCCCUCCCUUCC